AUGGAAGGUUGCCGAUCGAACGGAAACUUAUGCAAAAACGGUAUUCCCAGCCGCGGAGGACCAGCGGUCGUCAGACGGACGAUCACGGUGCACGCGAGUAGCGAGCUGGCCUGCAAGCCGGACCUGUUCUCUCUCUCGGUGUCCAUAUCCAACACUAAGGAGGACGCCGAAGCUGCUCAGACGAGUGUCAAGAGAAGAAGCGAGUAUGUUCUACAGGUUCUUCGCAACAACGGCAUCAAGGAGAAGAACGUUGAGAAAUCUACGGACGUUUCACGCGUCUGCGAAGAAGAAGUGAGGGUUCGAACGGACCUGGUGGCCCAGACGGAAAGUCUACAGGCGUGCGAGACGGCUAGAAACGUGCUCGUUACAAAAAUGGACUCCACAGUGCAUUGCAGCGCCGUUAAGCCACUCCACUCGCCUGCACACAGAGCAGAAAAGAGGUGA